AUGGCGUACCGUCCCAAACAACAUUGGGACCGAUACCUAUUACCACCACCUAAAUCGUCCAAUAUUUUACUUGGCGAUGAUUUUCGAGCCAAAGUUUCGGACUUUGGACUGGUGAAACUCGUCCCGGAUGGUGGGAAGUCAAUUAUGACUCGGGUAGCUGGGACUUUUGGAUACAUUGCCCCUGAAUAUGCUGUGACAGGUAAAUUGACAACAAAGGUCGAUGUCUUCAGCUACGGUGUCAUUCUUAUGGAGCUACUAACCGGCUUAAUGGUGUUAGACAAUGACAGACCUGAAGAAAAACGAUACCUGGUAGAAUGGUUUUCGAGCAUUAGAGCCGACAAAGAGAAAGUAAUGGCUGCUGUGGAUUUCUCUCUUAACGCGAACGAAGAAAUAUUCGAAACCAUCUCCGUCGUAGCUGAGUUGGCAGGCCAUUGUACAGCCCGAGAGCCAAGUCAGCGGCCCGAUAUGGGGCACGCAGUCAACGUGCUGGCUCCACUUGUGGAGAAAUGGAAACCCAUGGAGAGUGAAGCUGAAGUAUCUUGUGGUGGUGUUGAUCAUAGUCUGCCGUUGACUCAAAUGGUCAAAAGGUGGCAAGAAGCAGAAGCAGAAGGGAAAGAUUACGUUAGCUAUAUGGAUCUUGAUGAUGGUAAGAGUAUCAUUCCUGCUGGAUCUGCUAAUUCCUUUACAUCUGAGAAAGAACAUGGUUCCAAGAGGAUUGAUGAAGGCCUUCUGAUGGUGAUCAGUAUUUUAGCGAACAAGGUUGGGAAGCCCGAAAGCGAAGAAGGUGCAGCAUGCAAGUUGAAUAAUGACAACUUAACAAGCUUGUGCAGUAAAUUAUUCAUUCAUGGGUGGAUGCUUCAUGUUGUUACAAAGGUGAUCUGA